AAUCUGCCUUCAAUAUAUUUUCAGGUCAGUGGCGUAAUAGGUUCAGUUUGUUUGGGAACAGAGAGAAGACUUAACUGUUCGUUUUCUUUACGUGAAAAUAACAGCUAUACCAUUGAUGAAUACGUGACGAAAAUUCCUACCACCUACCGAGGUUAUAUUCCCCUCUACAAUAAAUAGCACUUUGUCAUAAACCAAAAGACACUAGUGUCAUGGAGGAUAAGAAGGAGGAGGGGGAAGCGGAGAUCCAGGAACACGGCCCCGAACAUUGGUUCUCGAAAUGGGAGCGGCAGUGUUUAGCCGAGGCCGAGCAGGAGGAACCCAGCGAAGAAGAGGCCGACCAGAGCCAACAGAAACUGUGGCAUCUAUUCCAGAAUUCUGCCACCGCUGUCGCACAGCUCUACAAAGACCGAGUUUGCCAGCAGCAGGGACUGUCACUUUGGGUACCUUUUCAAAAUGCUGCAACAGCUGUCACCAAUCUCUAUAAAGAAAGUGUGGAAGCCCACCAGAGGAGCUACGACCUAGGAAUUCAGAUCGGCUACCAGCGCCGCAACAAGGACGUUCUGGCGUGGGUUAAAAAGCGCAGGAGAACCAUCCGCAGGGAGGACUUGAUCAGUUUCCUUUGCGGGAAGGCCCCCCCGCCACGGACUUCUAAAGCCCCGCCCAAACUGACUGUCAUGUCUCCCAACCGGGCGCCUUCCACAGAAAGCAGCUCCUCCGUGGAGACAGACCUGCAGCCCUUCAGAGAAGCCAUAGCGCUGCACGGCCUGAGCGGAGCGAUGGCGAGCAUCAGCGUGCGGUCGGGCGCCCCCGGCUCCCCCACCCACGUGAGCGGCAGCUCCAACCCGGGCCGGCGGAGAAACGGCCUGCACGACGUGGACUUGAACACUUUCAUCUCGGAGGAGAUGGCCCUGCACCUGGACAACGGCAGCACGCGCAAGCGGGCGUCGGUCCAGUGCGACGUCAUCACGGACUCGCCCACCCAUAAACGCAACCGAAUGAUCUGAACCGGAGAGACGACUCCCCCCCACUGCGCCUGGCACCGCCCCCGACCCCCCCGCCACCCCCCCCCCCGUCAACGCAAUGUGCUGCUUAAAAUAGAAACGCCACGUGUUCCUCAGCCCUUCCUUCUGCGCCCCACCGCCCCUGAAAACCAAACGGGGAAGGGGUGUCGCAAAGCGGAGGGAGAAGUUGAGUUCCAUCGAUUCGCCCACGAUAUUAGAUGCCUCUGGCUAAUAAUGGCUGUCACCUGUCCAUCUCGGAGGAUGUCCGUUAGUACAGAGUGAGAUCAUCACAGGUGAACAUUUCCCAGUCCUGAGGCUGACGUUGCCACCAUCCAGUGUAAUGGAUGGGUACAGUAUCUGACAGGACUUCUUUUUUGGUUUCUGUGUCCUGAUCCUUGGUUUCUGCUCAGAGUGUAUGCUUCACCAGUGUUCAUCACAACGUGCUCCUCUCUGCAGUCUCACCUUCAGGCCACGUUUUUCUUUUGCAGCACAUUUACUUAUUAAAAGUAUAGGUCCACCUCCAUCCAAAUGGUAGUGUGCAAAAAAUAAAUAAAUUUAAAUAAUUGUGAAUUAAUAUUGGAGUUUUCCCAAAUUUAAUAUUUUGUCUCGUUUGAUGCAGCUGGUAAUCGUGUGACAUAGCGAGCGAGACUCUGAUGGUCAUGCACUUAAUACCUAGUACAUCCAGUACAAUUAUUAUUUUUUGGAUUCACUUUAUAGUGUUCCAGAAUAACACAAAUUUCUCCUCCAUGCAAUUUCAUAGAAUUCCUUUUUUUUGUCAGUAGUUAAGAAUAUCUAAUGUAUAUACUUAACAUUUAGGUGCUGGUAUGAUACAUGUGGUACAUAUUGUAAAAAAAAAAAAAAAGAAGAAAAAAAAACAAAAACAAGGAAAAAAAAAAAAGUACAAACAAACCAUUGAAUGGUUAUUAAUGUGUAAUAAUGAUUCUUGCAUUAAAGAAACCAAGCUUUUAACAUU